AGACGCUCAGUGCUCAAGCCCGCGGUUGCGGCGCCGUCCGUGGGCCAUGGCAGCGCCGCCGCAGCUGGUGUACAGCGUGCCGCCAGUGCCCCAGGUGACGGCCGUGCCGCGGGUGGUCACAGCGAGGCCUCGCCUGGCGCCGGAGGUGCCUCAAGGUGCCGCAGCGGGGCGCCGGUAUGAAGGCACGAUCAACCAGUUUCGUGCUGAGAAGGGGUUCGGCUUCAUCAGAUGCGAAGAAUUGCGGCAGGGCGCCUUCCCUGAGAAGGACGUCUUCCUGCACAGACUGCAGAUCCUGAAUUUCAAGGAAGGGGACCAGGUGUCCUUCACCCUUAUCCGGCUCCUCAACAAGGACGGCAAGCCGCAGGCCACGCAGCUCGGGCUGCCCGGGCAGGGUCCCGCGGCCGUCAAGGCGCAGCCGUCGGUGCAGUUUGUGCAGCAGGCGGCCUUCGGUGCCCCCGUGGUGGCCCGCCCCGCCAACCCGCCGCCCCCGGCGCCGCCCCUCGCGGCGGUGCCGCGUGUGCCAGCGGCCGCCGCGGAGGCGUGGGACAAGCACGAGGUCGACGUGCCCGUGGAUGUCGUUCCGAAGUUGCUGGGCCCAGUCUUCGUAGACCUGAAGCAGCGGGCCGGCAACGACAUCAGCAUCUCCCUCGCGGACUCCCAGGGCGAGGGCCCGGUGAGGAAGGUGGUCGUCCAGGGCCCGCCGAUGAGCGCCAGCAUCGGCGCCUGCCUCCUGCUGCAGCAGGUCGCCGAGCUGAUCUGAGGGCCCGGGUCGCUCCCAGCAGCUGCGUCCCCCUCCUUCCCCCUCCCUCUUCGUAGCCCUUCCGCUUCCUCGCCUCCCCGGUGCCGCCCCCUUCCACGGAGAGGCGGCGGCGGGCGCGGCCCCGCGCGCCGUGGCCGGCAGCCGUGGCGGAAAGAACAGGGCGGCCGCGCGCUGGCCCCCCCCCCGUCCCCGACUUUACGCGGGGAGGCGUCCGGGGGGUGCGACGCGCGCUCAUCGGCUGCCAGGCUCCAGGCGUGCACACCCCAUCUGACUGUCGGCCGCCGUGCCAAUACUGUCUAGGAAACAGGCGCGGCACGCACGCCCUGUCGCUCUCGGCGUAGCGCGAGGCGGCGGGCGAGGCGUGCUGCGCGCGGCACACCCAUCGACGGGGUGCCCGCAGUCGAGAG